GAAACAUAUUUCAUCAGAAAAUACUCUAUAAACACGAGCUGGUUCUCUGAGGUGUGACCCACUGAUACACGGAGCUAUGGCUAACGCAGAGGGAAAUAAACUUUGGGGCGGUCGGUUUGUGGGUGACACAGACCCCAUAAUGGAGAAAUUCAACGCUUCAAUCUCCUAUGACCGGAGGAUGUGGGAUGCAGACAUCAGAGGCAGUAAAGCCUACGUGAAGGCGCUGGAGAAGGCCCAGCUCGUCACCACAGACGAGAUGACCAGUAUUUUAAAUGGCAUGGAUCAGAUUUCGGAGGAGUGGAGCAAAGGUGUGUUUGUGAUUAAACCUGAAGAUGAAGAUAUUCAUACUGCCAAUGAGAGACGGUUGAAGGAGUUGAUUGGUGCUCCUGCUGGCAAGUUGCACACUGGUCGCAGCAGAAAUGACCAGGUUGUUACUGACAUGAGACUGUGGCUUCGUGAUGCUAUUUCAUCCCUCAGAGGAGAAGCAUUGCAGUUGCUGUCUACAAUGGUGGAACGGGCGGCUAUAGAAGUUGAUGUUCUAUUUCCUGGUUACACACACAUGCAGAGGGCUCAGCCAAUCAGAUGGAGCCAUUGGAUUUUAAGUCACACAGUCGCCCUGAGCAGAGAUGUGGAGCGGCUUCAGGAGAUCAACAAAAGGGUUAAUGUUUUGCCUCUAGGAAGUGGUGCUCUUGCUGGAACACCAUUUGACAUUGAUAGGAAUCUUCUAUGUAAAGAGUUGGGUUUUGACAGCGAGAGUCUUAACAGCAUGGAUGCUACAAGCCAGAGGGAUUUUGUCUUGGAGUUUUUGUUCUGGGCCUCGCUGUGUUUGACCCACCUCAGUAAAAUGGCUGAAGACCUGCUGUUGUACAGCACCAAAGAGUAUUCCUUUGUCACACUUUCUGAUGCCUACAGUACAGGCAGCAGUUUGAUGCCACAGAAGAAAAACGCUGACAGUCUUGAGCUGAUCCGGAGCAAGGCGGGACGCAUCUUUGGCCAAUGUGCCGGGUUCAUGAUGACUAUGAAAGGUUUACCAAGCUGCUACAACAAAGACCUGCAGGAGGAUAAACAGGCCAUGUUUGACUGCUUCGACACACUUCAUGCUGUGCUUCAGGUGACAACUGGAGUCAUGUCUACACUCAAGAUUAACCCUUCAGUGAUGGAAGCAGCCCUCAGUCCGGACAUGUUAGCAACUGAUUUGGCCUAUUACCUUGUGAAAAAAGGGGUCCCCUUCAGAGAGGCUCAUGGCCUUUCUGGAAAAGCUGUUUUUACUGCAGAAUCCAAAAACAUUGCAUUAAACCAACUCACUGUGGAAGACUUGAGUUCUGUCAGCCCUUAUUUUGGAGAGGACGUGGCUGCAGUGUGGGACUACAGGAGCAGUGUGGAUCAGUACAGCGCCCCCGGUGGCACUGCAAAGAGCAGCGUUUUAGCCCAAAUCAAGCACCUGCGAAAGUGGAUCAAGACACAGGCGCAGUAAUCACAAAUGAAUUGAAGUGAAACUAGAUACUGAACAAAAUGGUCAGUUACAAGGUUUAAUAGGGCAAUGUAACCUGGUAAAUAUUAAAGUUACAAAUGAAUUAAUGUUAAGGUAUGCACAGUAUUGCACUUAUUAGCAAUGGAAAAUCAAUGGGAGCCGUCCUUGUGUAGUUGGGAAUGGGUUUUAUUUAAAUGUUAAAAACACAUUUAAUUUUGAAUAGCAUCACUGUUGCCUGUAGUUACACCUAUUAAAA